AGAGCGCAGGACUACUUGUGUUUAACUAAUCAAAGACAGUAAUUGAAUGCUAACGUUUUUUAUCCUUCGUCACUCUGUUGAAGUCUUCUGGCUCUCAUUGGAUAUCGGUUACAAAAAAUAUCAGACUAGAAUGCUCUUCUAAAAUCACAGAUUGUCAUCUCCUCCUCCUCUCAGAGAGGAGAGAGGAACAACAAAAGGAAAUAUAAAGAGCGUGCGCUUUUAAUUUAACAAGAGACGUGUAUAUUCCCUCUCCCUCUCCCUCUGUGUUUAGGGUUUCUACUCUCACACUUUUCUUAUUCUGUAAUCAGUCUCUAUUACCUGUACUUGCAUUUUCGAGACCCACACAUUCUUUUUUUUAAUAUAGAAAAUUCGCUGAUUUCUCUUCGAAUUAAAGGUUAUCUCAUCGGUUAAUUGUCUCUGCAGAUUCGAGAUACAUAAAUUGUAUUUUAGGAUCAAUGGUAUGCUCAAUUGGAAAUGGGAGAAUGGCAGUCAUGGCUAGGCUUCUGGUGACUGGGAGUUUGUCACAAAAUAUUGCAGAGGAGGUUAGCCAGCAGAAAUUUGUCACUCGAUAUAUUUGUAGAGAAUUACAUGAAUCGGAUGAACCAAAUUUACUUGAUGAAGAAGACAUGCAUGUUUUUGGUUUGAUGCCUAUGACUGACCCUUUGGACCUGGUAUGUUGCAAUGCUUGUAAGAAGCCAGUGAUGGCUAGCCAAUAUGCAGCCCAUGCAGAGCUUUGCAGGCUUUUAAACUCUGCUGAAGAAAUGACCUUGGAGCUUGAUGGCGGCACAGGAUGCAGGAAACCUCCAAGGAAGGAGAGGAAAAAGUUAUUAACUGCCUAUUCUAACCAAGCUACAUCAGUUGGGGAACGAGAAAGGUCUGAAUUUAUAGUUGCAGAUGAUUCUGUUGCAUCAGAAUCGCAUUUGGAUGGGCAACCUAGAGUGCCUUCUUGCUUCUCCCUGGAUAAAAAAAGAAAUUCUGCUUCCGUAGAUGUUGCAUCAAUGAUGGAUGGUGAAGGAGUGAUUCCUGGGAAUACAGACUACUCAGCAUGUGUAAUGCCACCUCCAACAAAACGCUAUAAAUUCCUAUCAACUGAGCACCGACUUCUAUCAGAUGAUCCAGAAACAGCUUCUGGCUUAGCAAAAGUUACUAGCACUGUGGAUCCAUUUACCUACAUUCCAGUUCCCCUUGCUACCAAGGUUUAUUACUCUCAAAGAAACACUCAUCUACGGUCAGCAGUUGCUUAUCUGCACCAUGCAGCAUCUUCUGAGGGGCUUCAGAAUAACAUGAUGAGUUCAGGAAUAUCACAGGAAAGCAUAAUGCAACUACAGGCUUUGUCUCAGAGGGGUUCUUUCGAUGCACAAACAGAUGGCCUGACCAAAGAAAAGAGAGAUCCUUCUGUGCAUCAACCAGAUCAAAUUCUCUCACAAAGCUCAGAGACGUGUGUGGAUAAAUCUGGAGGAUGUCCACCAUUGACUAACUUCUCAAAUCAGUGUCCUGUUGAUAACAUUCAAAUACCCCAGACUGCUUCAAUUGGAAUGCUCAGAAGCAAAUAUCUUCCAAAGCCAUAUUCUUUUGCAGGAAAGCCAGGUGGUCUACUAAUUUCUUCUACUGUUACAAGCUCCAUGUUUUUGAAUCAGCUACUGACUAGGCAUGAUCUCAGUUAGUAAAUGGAAAGUUAUAGACAAUUUCGUUAAAAUUGCUAAUCAUAAUUGAGCUUAUUAAUUAGUAGCCUGGCGUUUGUGUUCAUGAAUUAUUACUGCAUUAAAGCUGCAACAGUUUUUCAAGUUGUACGAAUUUUUUAUUUUCAGUGUUUAAGAUUGUCUUGUUGUGCUAUCAUUACCAUUGCAAUGAUGCUCACUUUGUCCAAUGCAUGUUUAUAUUUGUUUUCUCAUUUCCUUUUCCAUUUAACUGCCUGUAAAGUCCAAAGAAGAUGGAGAUAAAAUUAUCUACCUGGUGACAACUCUGUUUUUGCAGGUCAAUCACUUGGAACCAUGCAGCAACCAAGUGGAACUGUCCCUGUUUUGUAGAAGCCCAUGCGGGGAUUUUGGCUAGGCAAAUAUGUAUUUAAUACCAAAUGUGAGGUUAGGAUCCCUUUUUGAAACCACAAGCAAAUCACCGCAAUUGUUCAUUCUAGCCUUCUGUGUCAUACUUGACAUCUGACUACUGUUUAUACUUGAAUAGAAUUUUUUUUUAAAAAAAAAUCUUCAUAGUCACAGUUGUAGACUUGAAGUGCCUUGAUAGUGCAAAUUCACGUUGUUUCCUUCA